AUGCUCUCCUCCGUCUCUCGAGCCCGGACAUCCUACAUCUGCACCCAGUGCCGCACACGCCUUUUCGCCCGCCCCACCGCUCGCCCCCCCACCGCCGCCGCCGCCGCCUUCUUCCUCCCAAACCUAAUCCGUAGAGCCUUCCCUACAGUCUCACGACGGCCAUACACCACAGACUCCCCCCCCGCGCCAGAUCCACAGACCUCCGCUGAUGUGCUGAAGUAUGAGGAAGAGCUCGACCUCAACCACGUGCGGUUCGGGCCCCAGACAAAGCCAUGGGAGAAGAUUGGACUGCGGCCCGUGGUGGCCGACACGCUGCUGCGCGCCUUCCCCAACGUCAUACGGCCCACGUCUGUGCAGAAGAAGCUGCUGACGGCACUGACGUACGGGUAUUCGGUCGCUUGUCGCGGGCUGCCGGGCACGGGAAAGUCGUUUGCGAUUGCGGCGUGGCUGCUGGGGCUGGAGAGGUCCAUCAUGAGUGAGACGAAUAAGCCGACGACGAGCGCGCUGGUGCUUGUGCCGAACGUGGAUCUGGCCCUGCAAUACCACGGCACCAUUCAGGCCAUGCUGGAGAACAGCGACAGUAAGGCGGUCAAGAGCUCGCCGGAUGCGUUUGUGCAGGUGCUGUUUCGACGGGGAGCAGAGACGGAGCUGGAGCAGCUCCAGAAGCUGAAGGAGUUCCGGCACCCGCACAUCAUCAUUGCACCGCCGACCAUCAUCCUGGAUAUCCUGGCGGACCCGGACCCGGCCGUGCGCAGCCUGAUUGACAUCAACCAUCUCAAGGUGAUUGUGCUAGAGGAGAUUGAUGCGACAGUCACGCAGAUGGUCUUCUACUCGCGCAUCAAGAAGGGCCAGAGCACCACGGCUAAGGUGGCCCGCAACACCCCACGCCAGGUGCCGCUGCAGAUCCUGCUCGACUACAUUGUCAAGUGCCGCAUCGCCGACGCCCACCGGAAGGGCACUGCGCCGCAGCAGCCGCAGCUUGUGUUUCCCAGCGCGACUCUGUCGGCCACGCAGGUGAAGCGCUUCCUCGUGCACCACCACCGCCAGUGGCUGCAGCCCACGCAGCUCAACAUGGACGUCACGCCCACAACAUUCAGCGGGGCCAAGCCGGGCGAGGAGUGGCGCCGCAAGGCGAGAAGCAACUCACUCCUCUCGAUCGAGGACCCGCCGCUCGAGCGCAACGAAGUCACGCAGUACGUGCCGGACCACCUGCACCACCACGUCCUGGCCUACGACUUGCGCACCCGCGAACUGCGUGACGCCCCGCUGCCGCCGCUGCGCCACCUGAGCAAGGACGACAUCGUCGCCGAGCUCAACAAGACCGAGCAGAUGAUCCAGGACGCAAUUCAGGACGAGGACACGGUUCCAGAGGGCACGCGCGUCACAGGAUACUCCCAGGAGGUCGUCACGAACGUUGUCAUGAAGCUCCUCGAGAAGGACAACUACCCCACAAACGUCAUUGUCGGCCUCAGCACCGAGACCGACUUUCCCGCCGUCAAGGAAGCUUUCCGCGAUCUCGGCGUGCACUGCCGCAUGCUCCUGGCCGUGAAAUGGAACACCGGCGACGAACUCGGGAAGCUCCCCAUCGGCCGCACGGACAUGCUGCUCUCCCCGUCCGUCCGACACCGCAUUGAGGCCGAGGCAAAGGGGGGCGACAAGAGCGCCACUACCGUCUGGCUCACGUCGACAUUCUUCUGCCGUGGUAUACACCCACCCGGUGCCAACCACCUCUACAUCCUGCAUCGCAUCACCCGCCCGCGCGAGUACAUAACGUACGCGGGGCGCGUAGCGUCAUGGCCGUUUGCGCGGCGUGCAGACGAGCUGGCGGAUCCGUUGUCGGCGGGGAUGGACCGACGCCCGCAGGGUAAGAUUGUGAGCGUCAUUUUGGAGGAUAAUGCGAAUUCGGAUAAGGAGCCGCAGCGUCUGAGGUUCACGAGGGCCGAUGCAAGAACAUUGAGGUCGAUGGUGGUGAGGAGAGAUGGCAAGGAGGAGGUGACGUGGUCGACUGAGGCGGUGAGGUUGGCAAAGUUGGGGUGUAAGGUGGAGCCGUACUUUGCGGAUGCGCAGCCUGCUGAGGGUGCAGUGGAGGGCGGAGAGGCAGCAGCGGCGUCAACGGUGGCGGGGCAGGAGGUAAAGGAGGGGGAGAAGAAAGACUUCUUGACGGAGGCGAUGGGGCUGUUGGAUGAUUUUGAAGCUACGGAAGGGGAGGAGAAGAAGCAGGAGGAAGAGGGGAAGUAG